GGCUAAUAAAUGUAGGAGUUAAGAUAGCUUUAGACUUGAGUUGAAUUUUAAUUGCUACGCUGGCUAGUCGAGAUGCAGAUGUGGUAUCUGCAACUGUUUUUGGCAGCACAGUUGGCCCUGUCCUCAGGGAAUGAGACCCUGUGCAGACCCGAUCUCUGCAUGAAUUCGGAGGUCCAUGUGGGCUGCUUUCAGCACAAGGUAUUAGCCAAUAAAUGUGGGCAAGGCAACUUAGUUUUGCACGUAAACGGAGCCCUGAAGCUCGGCAUUCUGGACAGGAUCAACACAUUGCGCAACUUUGUGGCCAGUGGAGCGGGUAACUACGUCGUGGCCGCUCGCAUGCCGACGAUGGGCUGGGAUUACAGUCUGCAGAGAUUGGCCGAUAACCAGAUUCGUCAGUGCAACGAGAAGGGCAAAUACUGCGCCAACACCGAGAGUUUUCACUAUGUGGCCACCACCGAGAUCCGGAGCACGAUGAGCCGGCAUAGCAACUUGGAGCGAAAGAUCCUGGAUAAACUGCUACCAGAAAUGUUCCUGGAUGUCAGAAUACUGCCCAGCAAAGAUGGCAACUGCGUGGGCCACUAUAUACCUCUGAUCCAGGACCGCGGUGACCGGAUGGGCUGCGCCAUUCGCCUGAAGAACAGAUCCAAGACCGAGGCCAAUGUGAUCCUGCUCUGCCACUUCUCGCGUGCCAGCGUUAACGAACAAACGCCGUACGAAUUCGGUAUCUAUCCCGGCGAGAAGUGCAUCACCGGAUCGAGCCAGCUGUACGAGUACCUGUGCAACGAGGCGGAGAAGGUGGAUGCCAACAGCAUGCAAUUGGACACCAAAAUGCCGCUUAGCUCUAUAAAUGAAAAAGGCGACAGUUCAGUUGAGACUAACAUGGAGCUUCAAUAAAGCUACGAAAGUGUGUCUAAUGGUGGCCA